AUGAUCAUGCCGUCCUCCGGGCAGCAUCACUUCUGCUUGCUCUGGAUUCACGAUGAUAGUUUCUCGGAAGAGACUGUCGUUUUCAACUCGGAUCGCUUGGCUCUUGACGAUGGUUCUCUGUAUAAACUUGCGGCCUUGAAAAAUGGAAUAUCGACCCAUGACUUCUCAAUCAGCACGCCAGCCCUGAGUGCUACACGGCCCGAGAACACGCCAGGAAAGACAUCUCUUCGUCAUGGCAGCAAAAAGUCGGUCAAGCAUGUGUCGGAUAUGGAAAAGCAUGCAGAUUCUGCAAAGUCUCUGAUAUUUGUGGCUCGCGACAUGACUCCUGAGCAGAAACGAAAACAGCCUAGGCUUCAAAUUUCUGUUCAUAGUAAUGCCGCGUCAACUUUUGGCUUCCGGAACAACAUGCAGGCAAUAGUCCUUCCGGUAUUCGAAGAUGUACACUCCGCAUCUCACGUUGAGAUUGUGUUCCGCGACCAGUAUUUGGCGCGCUCAGAUAUGUGGAGACUAACAGUAGCAGUACUAAGCGAAAGGUCUGUCUACAAAGGGCAAAAAUUGCUCUUCCUCGGCAGCAUCAAAGCCACGGUCAAGAAUAUCUUUGUAGAUGGGCAGAAGGUGACUUCGGCUUUCUUCUCGUCCUCCACCAAGCCCAUCUUUCGCAGCGAGUCUGCCAAGUAUAUCAUAUUUGUACAGAUGUCUCGCGAGAUGUGGGACUUUGACGCGGAAGGGUCCGGUGAGAUCAUGUUUAACAAGGUCAUCAAUGGUUUCUUACCUGAUCUGUUUAAGCGUUGGCAAAGGCUCAAUGUGCAUCACCUUGUCAGCAUCAUCAUGUUCACUCGGCUGGAGUAUGAACGAGGUGUGCUGAUCCCCCGAGACGAGGACGCGGAUAUGCCACGACGCUCGCCUGGAAAUGGACGCGAAUAUCGAGAUUACUACCGAGUGGUCACAACUGAUGCAGCAAGCAGCCGCUGGGUCGACAUUCUUUACAAGCUCAAAAAAGAGUUCAAAAUCUUUCUGAAAAAUGUGUCAGUCGUAGGUGGUCAUGAUGCUUAUGGUCCUCCUCCGGAAACGUUAGCAUCAGUAAAGGCCCGUACUGAGACGGAAUCUGUGAUCGCUGGUCAACCUACUACGGCGGCACGAGGUAAUAUACUGGAAGCGAUCAACCUUGCUGCAUCACAAUUUUCCAAGGACUACAUUGAUCGCGAUCUUGUACACACAGGCAUCUCCUUGGUUAUUGUUACUCCAGGCUCGGGCGUAUUCGAAGUCGAUUACAAUAUGCUCAAACUAACAACUGACUCUCUUGUUGCAAGUGGCAUGGGUGUUGAUCUUGUGUCAUUGGCUAGGAUGCCUCUCCAUUCUGUCCCUUUGUUUAGAUACAGGAGCCCUCAUGUACUCCCUGGCCUUCCAGUUGUGUCGGAUAUCUAUACGUUCGAAGGCGGCAGCACGCCUCGACAGGCAGGCUACUUGGAAAGUCACAUGGCCGCCACACCCCGAAGCACAGGCAGAUUCAUGCGGAGGGCCAGUAGCCACAACAAAGAAGAAGUCCCAGGCACAUUGAUGGAAUCUGGAGUCCAGUGGAGCUAUGCUUUGCCACACUGGAUUGAUGUGUCGUUCUGGACGGGACACUCGGACGAGGAGCACCUCAGAUCCCAAUACGGCCUGACUUCCAAGAAAAAGAAUGGCGCCAAGAAAAGUGACCCGUUCACUACAAGCUGCCGAAUGUACGAGCUGCAGAUGAUGGGUCUAAUGGAGACCGAAAUGAGCGAUAUUGCAAUCCCAUUGAUGCUUCCUGGGUAUUCAAACAUCGAGAAGACUCGCCAAGGACGUCUUUAUCUCGAGCCUGCACCAAAUGAAGAGCUCCCAGGAAGCUACGGCUCAACAAGAUCGUUCCAUGGGUAUAUUGGCGGCUCGCCGCGACACAACGACGACGAAACACAUGCGAACAUGGAUAUGCCUACCCGUAAAGAACUUAUCGAUUGGAUGGCUGCUUACGACAAGCAAGUCCCCUUCAGAACGCAAGACUCUCCUCCAGUCAAGACAAUCUUGGACCAGACGCCGAUCGAGUCCUCUCGAGGCAGUCUGGACACGACUGUAAGGUUCAGCUCAUCGCCCACAAAGUCAAGAGGCAGCUUUGCACCUAAUCAGUUCAAAGCUGGAGAAAGCCCACGAAACGCUAGCUAUCUUGCCACUAGAUCACCACCCAAACGUGCUGUACCACCACCCAAGAAUGAUCAGCCAAAACCACCAUCGAUUCGUACUACGAAAUCCACACCAAAAAGAGCUCCAAUGCCACGCCAGAUCAGCUUGGUUGGAGGUCUAGGAGCCGCAAAAUCGACAGCUAGCAUAAGUGUCAGCAACGAAAGUGCUGGACAUAGCACUCCAACAACAGAAGCACCUCCGACACCUAUUGCUCCCAAAGCUACUGCUGGUGGUGGUCUGUUCUCCAGUUUGACACAACAGCUUUUGAGUACGCUACAGCGCAAGCCAUCACAGGCCAGCCUUGCACGAACCGACAUCAGCGACCUUAGUGAUCGAGCAGACUCGGACAGAGCAAGCAUGACUCAACGUAGCAAUCCAAUCGCAAUCAGAUCCAACUCGGUGGUUUCGGAGCAGAGAGAAGAUGACGAAGAGCCAACGAAGGCAGAGACUUAUCGUGCACCCGCGACGAAAAUGCUUGAGGACAUCGUAGUCCGCGACGUCUCAAAGGUUGGACGCCAAACUGCCAGCAUGUCCGACUCUGCACCCGACACUAUUGCGGACAAAGCCGACUACCAUCGAGUUCUGUCACCUCUGACCGCCAUCUCCCCGUGGCUCACAAUGCUUAAUCCCUCAAAUCCGAAGAAGCACAAUAUGAGCAUAGCGAGUCAGUUUCGUCGUUGGCAGCACAUUUUUCCGAAGCCAGUGCCCACCUCUGUGAUGAAGUGGAAAUCUUUAUGCUCACCAGCUUCUCUGCCAUUGACUGCUGAGUACUUUCCUACUGCCGAACAGUUGCGCAAUGAGUACUCAGAGUCACCUUACAAGAUUUUACCUCUGGAUGAUGAAGAGGUCUCAGAAGCGCCCAAGACUAGAGAAGCGUUGAUCAGAGAGCUCAUUGCGUGCAGACUAUCGCACGGCUUUCAGAUAGUCGUUGGCCCAGCGGCCACGGAAUUUGCUGGUACCAAAGCAGCUUCCUUGGUCAAAGUGUUUGACAAGAACUAUAUGGCAGAAGAUGGUGCUACAGUAUUGAUGACUGUGGGGAAUAAUAUUCACCUACUUGUCUGUACCGAGAGUGGCGAGAUUGAGGUGCGGAGGUACAGGAGAAAGCCCGUGGCAGAAGUUGACUACACUGGCGCUGUGGACCCAACAGUGGCGUACCACCCAUACAUCCACACUUAUCUUGGCAAAGGCUACGAGAUGCGAUCUGUCAUCUUCAAGAACCCGCGACCAACAUACAACUGGAAUGCAAUCGACCAUUACCUUGCGGGAUACAAGCAAGAGCAUAGUUCACAGGACAUGCGCUUCUGGAGAGCUCGAUUCGUCCUGAUUCCCGUGGAUCACAAGAUUAGAAGCGGACAGCUAGGCUUCGUAUCCGAGAACUCGGAAGAAGAGAUUCGCUUGGAGGGUAUACAGAAGCUCACGCAAAUAUGGCAGAGACAUCGCUACAUCCCACCGGAAGAACGCCGUCACCAGCAAUCCCUGCAGCAGAGGCGCAAAGAUCCCAAUCCGUUGGCCAUAGAGUACCACACGCAUGACCCUUCGACCAUUGUGCGAAAUCAUGCAACAGUCUUAGCAGAAGCAUUGUCGCAAGAUGAGCCAGGUCAUGCUCUGUUUGCCGAAUCCGAGCUCUAUCACACUAAUGAUUUUGACAUGCAAAAGCUCGCACAACAUCUGCAAGCAGAUCCACCAAAAGGCAUACCGGUUGCUGACCGCAGGUGGCACUUCAAAACACACUGGAAAUGCUUCCGAGGUGAUCAUCUUACUAGCUUCCUCCUCGUCAACUUCAAGGACAUCGAAACGAGAGAAGACGCAGUUAAACUUGGAAACGCCCUCAUGAAGAAAGGCUUGUUUACACAUGCAAUGCAGAAGCACCAAUUUAGAGAUGGAAACUACUUUUAUCAGAUCGCGCCUGAGUAUCGGACCACAUCAUACCCAGACAACAAGUCAGGAUGGUUCGGUAUGACGAAUCGAUCAAUCCCUCCAACACCACUGCAUGAAGGAUCCAAGGCGUCGCCAAAAUUCUUGCCUAUAGACAAGACAAAAUCGCCGAGGAUCGGACCCGUUGACAAAAUGCGGUCGCCGUCAAUUGGACCAUCUGAUAACAACCAUUCUCGCUCUGAUACGAACGACAGCAAAGAGUCGAACAAAAGCAUUCCAAAAAUAGACUCAAGCAAGAGACCCAAGCUUGAGCUCAGUCGCAGUUUGCGAUAUGAUGUCGAUCAUCGCAAGAAGUCAUACCGCCCCGAAAUUAUUACAUUGCAUUACGACCGCAUCCAUAAUCCUGAAAACUGCUACCACAUUCGUCUCGAGUGGAUCAAUGUCACGGCAAAGCUUGUCGAGGAUGCCCUGAUGUCUUGGGCAACUAGCGUUGAGCGUUAUGGAUUGAAGCUGGUUGAGUUGCCUAUCGCCGAAGGUCAAGCCAUCUUCAACGUGCAUCCUUUCAGAAGACCAUACAUGAUCAAGCUAGCAUUACAACCUCCCAAGGGAACACCCAGGCAGUACCUGGAAGCAGGAACAACAGCCUACGAAGAAUCAUACCCAUACCAAAGAGCGCUGGUCAGGAAAUUUGAUUUCGUCCUCGACUACGAGGCAGCCAGUACUUUCGACCCUGGUGUCGAUGUGAGCUAUUCGUGGGGCAAACCAGACUACCAGUACACACAGUUCAUUCACAGAUCCGGCGGCCUACUCCUCCAGAUCGAUGGUGAUGGCAAUCUAAUGCUUGCCGCCAACAGGCUCUGCGUCAAUCGCUCAGGAGCUGCACGCGAAGUCUCAAAAUACGAAGCUGCCCGACGCGAAAAGCGCAACUUUUCGACUCCGGCACCGCCACCACAUGCCUCUCCCUUUAUCAGCGCCUUCAAGCAACCCGGCGAACCCCAAAGCGUGCUCUCCAGAAACUCCUUCACCGAAGCAUCCGUAGAACCCGAAGUCGUCGCACAAAAGCUCGAAACCUUUUGCAAGGAUGCGGAAAAACUGAGGGCUUUCUAUGAAGAUGCGUUGAGGCCUACUGCAAGUCCUAGCCCGCAUCUAACUCCUAGACAGACGCCGAAACAGACGCCUGUGUUGGGGGCUACCAGUGCGAUCCCGCAUCUGGGAUUGCCGCCGAGUAUUAGUCUUAGGAAUGCUAGUUAUGUGGAGGGGAGUCAUAGUCAUAGUCCGAGGAUUGGGUUGAGUCAGUCGAGGAGGUCGAGCGUGCAGGGGUUCAAGAGUUUUUUGGCCGAGUCGGGGAGUCAUCGUGAUCUGAACUGA